GACUAAUCAAGUGAGUGAAUGAGUAUUAUAUAGUAUGAGGUGUUGAGCCAUGUGGUGUGAGUGUGAGAGUGGCGGGGAAGUGAGCCAUCAGUGUGGCUCCACAACACUGACAACAUGGGCGAUACCGAGGUGAUAGAGAAGCUUAAAGGGGUGCCGCAGCUGCUGGCGUCGACGUCUAGAGCUAGUAGAGCAGCCGGCAUCAACACAGCUCUGGAGGUUGUCAAUAGACAAGAAUUACCAGAAGUUGUUGUGAAAGGGGUAUCCCGCCUGGCUGUGCAGGUGGUGCAGAAUUACACAGAUGGUCCACUACGAAGCAAAUUACAGGAGUUGGUUUACACCUUGGCUAAAAAGCAUGCAGCAUCCAUCCCAGUUCUGGCACAGUCACUCCACCACCAGGCCCAGCACCAUGCAAAUGCACCUCAUUCUUCCCGUGCCCUUGCUCGUGUCCAUAUAUCUCCGAUGGAGGUGGCAGCCAGAGUGUGGUGCAUAGCAGCCGGUGCCAAACAUUCCCUCGGCUCUAAAGAAGCGACGGCAUUAACCGAGGCUUUAGCUGUCCAUUUUGCAAUAACUGUUGCGGCUAACCAUGUCAUCUUCACCCGAAGAGCCAAUAAGGCAAUUGGCUCCUUAUUGAAGGAUGAAUCGCUUCUCAAGGCUGUGUGCCAAGCUAUUAUCAGCGGUGAUGUUACCAUUCAUCGAGUCAUCUUGGGUGGCCAUCUACUGCAGAGUAUGGUUGAGGCCAAACUUACUCCUCCUAUUGAUAACUUCAAGCAGGUGCUGAUUGAAGCAUAUGUCAAAAAUGUGCUUCAAUCAAAGAAUAAACCCUGGCCAUUCAUCCUGGAACACACCCGACCGCUGCUGCGUCAACUGACUCACCAGGAGUUCUCAAGUGUAGUUUUACCAGCUGCUAAGAAAGCUCUCUUGCGCAACCCUGAGGUUACUCUUCAAGCCGUAGCCUACCUCUGCUCUGGGCUCAAUCUCGAUCUGAGCAAAUAUGGGGCUGAUUUGACAAAGACAUUAGCAAGCCCUCUCCAUGCAAAGGAAGAUCAAGUUCGAGAUGAUACCGUCGAGGUGUGUCGGCAACUAGCAAAGCAGUGUAGUGAUGUAACUGCUGUAGAAGCCUUUGUGAAGCUAUUGUUUGACAUCUUUUUUGGUUCUGAUGGAAAGCUUACUGUUACAACACACAAAGUGUCGGUACUUCAGGGUGUUGAAGCUGUAAGUGAACACAGUGUUACAGGCAGUAGCUCCUAUGGUUUAUCAGUGAAUGUGUUGGAAAAGAUGAUCAAAGUGUUGGAGACUGAGAGCCAUGAAGGAACUCUGAUACAGGCUCUUGUGGCUCUUGCAGCUUGGUCAGUAAAGUUUACCUCGGAUAUUCCUCAGAAGCUCCUCGAAUUCUUGCCAAAAGGGAUGACACUGAAAACUUCUACAACUAGUGUGCGAGCUGCCUACGUGCGGUGUAUGUUGAGUUGUGUAACACCAUCAAAUGCCUGCAAAGCUGCUUGCAUCAUUCCCCAUUUAUUGGCCAGCAUUGAUAAAGCACUUAGCCAAAGUACCCAGGUUCCUAUGCUUGUUGAGGCGUUAACUUCAUCAGUACUGCUGCUGAGGUUGAGUGCUGCUGAUAUUACCUUAGAGGAGAGGGUUGCUCCAGUGUGGAACUCGUCCCUUGAUCUUCAAAAGGGUUACUUUACUGGAGAAAAGUUCUUCACCCAGUCUUCAGAAGAUGGUUUACUACAGUUGGUAGCAUGGUGCGAGUUGCUUUUAUCACAACACGCUGGACGGCUUGGUAAUGAAAGUCAUGCCAUUCAUCAGGCACUUGUGUGGUGUCUGGUGUGCCAUCACUCCAAAGUUCGAAUAUCAGCUCAGGCCACUACUAAAAAGCUAGUAUCUUCUUUAGGAGGAGCAGUAUUGGCCGCAGAUCUUCUCGAGACUCUUUCAGCCAUGACUGUUAACUCCAAAAUUCAGAAAGCAGAAGAGCAAGAUUCUGGGGGUGGAAGUGGAGGAGGAGAGCUGAGCCCAGCUGGGGUGGCUCAAGCUCUCACUACCAUUUGUUCUCCCAGCAGUCAUGACAAAGCCCAGAAAGAACACUUGGCCCUAUUAGCUCUACCAACAGCCUUCCACCCAUCUCUUGUCCGUGAGAACCCAGAUGUGUGGGAGCAAGUGUGUCGUUCACAGGGCUUAAAAGCAUAUGAUGUAGUAUCCAGCCAAAAAGAUAAGGUUGUUCAACAAUUUACCACUGAAUAUACUCCAUCACCGGUUAAUGAGCAGAUAUUUUCGGGCCUCUGUCGUAUUGCUGGUCGAGUCGUAUUGCCCCCUGUUAUGGACUUUAUUUAUAGUCGAUUAAAUAAUCCAAAGCUGGUGCAGGUGACGGAUGAAGAUUAUGCCAUAUACUUAACUCCAGAAGGAACAUUAUACAACCAAUCAGUUGUUGAAAAAGCAUUUGAAGAUCAUUUGAAUAUUAAAAAUGUCAAGAAAUCAAAUAAAGUGUACAGUCAUAAAGAGCAGAUAAUGAUGCUUGAGGAACGGAAGAAGGAACUAGAGAGAAAACGUAAGGAAGGUAAAUUAGAGUUGACACCCAAGCAGAAAGAAGUGUUGAAAGCUCAGACAGAAAAGGAAAAUGCUGUAAGAAAUAGAGUGAAAGAUUUGUUGGAGAGUGUAUCAAGUUCAGUUUCACUCCUUGAGGCAGCUGUAGUUGGCAAUGUUGAGGACCUGUCGCCACACUUCACUACCCUGGUUCCACUUCUUACCUGGGCACUUCGCUCUACCCUCAUAUCCACUCAGAUGUGCAAUAUAUUUAUUAGCCUGCGUUCUGCAGUCUUUGAAACGGAAGAUGAUGUUUACGCGCACACACUGGCCCGAACUACAGUGCGAGUAUGUGAACCCGUGAUGAAACUACCUGAAGAUUGGCUCGGAGAACCACUAGAUGAUGCCGCUCUGAGGACAUUAAAGAUGAUUCAUGUUGCUACUGUUCCCAAGAAAUCGACUCAAGAUGACGACGAGGAAAAAUACUACUGUGCGCCAGGCUUUGUUUACUGCUUCCCGUUCUUGGAGUGGGUGUUGACAAAGAGGCCGGGAGGUGAAGAGAAGUUUGAUACUGUGGCUAACCAGGCACUGCAGGUGAUAAGUGAGCAUAUGGCCAUGAGAGGAGCAGAUGAAAAUGAUCUCUACCAUCCACGGUUCUUGCCUCGCAAAAGACUUCUUUCUCUUAUCAUAGAUGUUAUUAGCAAUAGCUCUGGGCGUACACAACAGAAUGCAUGUGCUGUGCUUCAGGAAGUUUGUCGCUGUGGGUCUGGUGAUAUUGGCUGCGAUACUGCCACACAAGAAGAAAUAUCUGUCCUGCUGGACACACUUCAGGCUCCAGCACAGUCUGUUAGGGAUGCUGCUUUAAGGGGAUUGUCUGUUCUGGUGAAAUCACUUCCCAAGAUUGAGACUGACAUAGACAGCUGGUUACUUGUGGCCCAUAGACUUUGGGUGGCCAAAUAUGACGUUGCUGAAGAUGUUGCCAGUCUAGCAUCAGAGCUGUGGACCACAGCCAAUAUGGAGGCAGAUGGAGCUUUGAGUGAAGGUGUAUUAGGGGACGUGGUACACCCAGUCGGUGCUGUACGAGCCGCUGGUGCAGCUGCUCUUGCUGCUUUGGCAGAGGAUAACCUAGACCUUGUGGCUCCUAUCACUCUCCAGCUCAUUGAAAUUUUUAAGGACAAGACUGAGAUGACUGCAGCCGUGCGAGACAAGUAUGACCGCAUUGUGGUAGAUGCCAUUGACCUGUGGGAAGGUCGUGCUGGGGUGGCAAUGGCUUUAAAACAACUAGCACCACUAUUACAAGCCGACACUGUUGUCACACUAGCUAACUUCUUUGUGCCCGAUGCCCUUGGUGAUCGCAAUACUGAAGUCCGAAACAAGAUGCUUGAAGCUGCCAUGGCUGUUGUUAAUUCACACGGAAAGGAAACGGUGAACAGCCUUCUACCAGUUUUUGAAAAGUUCCUUAACACGGCACCAAAUCAUGCAAGCUACGAUGCUGUUAGGCAAAGUGUCAUCAUUCUCAUGGGUUCUUUGGCAAAGCAUCUGGAGCAUAGUGACCCCAAAAUUAAACCCAUUGUUGCCAAACUGGUUGAAGCCCUUCAUACACCCUCACAACAGGUUCAAGAAGCAGUGGCCAACUGCCUCCAUCCCCUGGUGCCAGCAAUUCGUGACGAGUGCCCAAAGCUCGUCUCAAAGCUCAUGACUGUGCUGCUAGAGUCUGAGAACUAUGGAGAACGCAAGGGUGCAGCUUACGGCUUGGCCUCUUUAGUCAAGGGUAUGGGUAUCCUGGCUCUGAAGCAACUGGAUAUUAUGAAUCAGCUAACAAAUGCUAUACAGGACAAGAAGAACUACAGAUACCGUGAAGGGGCACUGUUUGCCUUGGAACAACUGUGCAACAUGCUGGGGAAAUUGUUUGAACCGUACAUUGUGCAUAUUCUGCCACACCUGCUUCUGUGUUUUGGUGAUACAAACCAGUAUGUGCGCGAGGCCACUGAUGACACAGCGAAGGCGGUAAUGAGCAAGCUCUCUGCUCACGGUGUUAAGCUGGUUCUUCCCUCUCUACUGGCUGCUCUUGAAGAGGAUUCAUGGAGAACUAAGACAGGAUCAGUGGAGUUGUUGGGGAAUAUGGCGUUCUGCGCCCCUAAGCAGCUCUCGUCGUGCCUUCCUUCCAUUGUGCCUCGGUUGAUUGAAGUUCUAAGUGAUUCUCACAUGAAAGUGCAGAGAGCAGGUGGUCAAGCACUCAGAUUGAUUGGCUCUGUUAUCAGAAAUCCUGAGAUUCAAGCAAUUGUACCAGUAUUGUUAGCAGCUCUUCAGGACCCAACCAAAAACACAUCAAUGUGCUUGCAAACAUUAUUGGAGACCAAAUUUGUGCAUUUUAUUGAUGCCCCAUCCCUGGCCCUUAUUAUGCCUGUAGUACAAAGAGCAUUCCAGGAUCGUUCAACAGAGGUACGAAAAAUGGCAGCACAGAUCAUUGGCAACAUGUACUCGUUGACGGAUCAGAAAGAUCUCCAACCCUACCUGCCAGGUAUCAUCCCGGGUCUUAAGGCUUCUCUACUGGAUCCUGUACCAAAGGUUCGCUCUGUAUCAUCGAGAGCUUUGGGGGCCAUGGUAAAGGGCAUGGGAGAGUCCAGCUUCGAUGAUCUGCUGCCAUGGCUCAUGCAGACACUAACCUCAGAGUCGUCUAGUGUUGAUCGCUCUGGUGCGGCUCAGGGUCUUGCCGAGGUUGUAGGUGGUCUCGGUCCCGAGAAGCUUCACCGUCUCAUGCCAGAUAUCAUCGCUACAGCAGAGCGCUCAGACAUCGCACCCCAUGUGAAGGAUGGCUACAUCAUGAUGUUCAUCUUCCUUCCCACAGUAUUUCAAGAUGAAUUCACACCUUAUAUUGGACAAAUUAUACCUCCCAUACUUAAGGCUCUUGCUGAUGAAAAUGAAUUUGUGAGAGAGACUGCACUGAAAGCUGGCCAGAGAAUAGUGAAUACAUAUGCGGAGUCAGCCAUUACUUUACUCUUACCAGAAUUGGAAGCUGGUCUGUUCCAUGAUAACUGGAGAAUUAGAUACAGUUCUGUACAGCUACUAGGGGAUCUGCUGUUUAAGGUGUCGGGUGUGUCUGGUAAGAUGACUACUGAUACCGCUCAUGAGGAUGACAACUUUGGCACAGAACAUUCCCAAAGGGCUAUUAUUGACAUCCUGGGUGAAGAACGGCGUAACCGUGUGUUGGCCGGACUUUAUAUGGGACGUUCAGAUGUUGCAGUGUUGGUGAGACAAGCUGCACUACAUGUAUGGAAGGUUGUGGUCACCAACACUCCCAAGACAUUGAGAGAGAUCCUGCCAACACUCUUCUCUCUCCUUCUGGGCCACUUGGCAUCUACCAGUUAUGACAAGAGACAGGUGGCAGCACGUACGCUUGGAGACCUGGUCCGUAAGCUGGGCGAACGCGUAUUACCCGAAAUUAUUCCGAUCUUAGAAGCUGGUUUAGGAUCACCCGAGGCUGACCAACGCCAGGGUGUAUGUAUUGGUCUUUCAGAGAUUAUGGCAUCUACUAGCAAGGAUAUGGUUCUUUGCUUUGCUGACAACCUUGUUCCUACUGUAAGACGGGCUCUCUGUGAUCCUCUGUCAUCUGUUCGCCAAGCUGCUGCUCAGACUUUUGAUUCCUUACAUGGCACUGUUGGAUUUCGAGCCCUGGAGGAUAUCUUGCCACCCCUUUUGGCUGAGCUAGAAAAUGAAGAUGAAACACGAGAAUUUGCUUUGGAUGGACUGAAGCAAGUCAUGGCCAUCAAAAGUAGAGUUGUCUUACCCUACCUUGUUCCUCAGUUGACCACGCCACCAGUAAACACCCAAGCCCUGUGCAUCCUUGCAUCAGUGGCUGGUGACACCCUAACGCGACACCUCAGCAAAAUUCUAGUUGCCUUGCUGGGAGCCUUGAGUGAUACAGCCGGCACUCCAGAACACGAUGAAGCUCUCAGCCAUUGCCAGGGUGUUGUUCUUGCUGUUACCGACGAGGCCGGAGUAACAACAAUCGUUGAUGAACUCCUUCAGCAUUCCAAGGGCAGUAAUCUAGGAGUAGCUCAAGCAGCUGUAGCUUUGUUGUUAGCCUUUUGCUCUAACACCCGGGCUGACUACAGUGACUAUGUACCCCAGUUGUUACGGGGCCUGAUCCACCUUUUCACUCACAAGGAUGAAGAAAUACUCAAGACCUCGUGGCUUGCAUUAAAUGCUGUUACUAAGAGCUUAGAUGCUGCAGAUCAACGAUCACUAGUGGCUGAUGUUCGCCAAGCAGUAAAGUUUGCUGCGUCUGACUUAAAAGGAGAUGAUUUGAUGCCUGGCUUCUGUCUUCCAAAAGGUAUCCAGCCCAUUUUACCCAUUUUCCGUGAAGCUGUAUUGAAUGGCGAACCCGAGUUAAAGGAGGCUGCUUCCAAUGGCCUUACUGAAGUUAUCCGUCUCACCAGUUCUGAAGCUCUUAAACCUUCCGUUGUACAUGUCACGGGACCACUUAUUCGUAUCUUGGGUGAUAGAUUUGCUUGGAAUGUCAAAGUGGCUGUUCUCGAUACUUUGGCACUCCUGUUAGCCAAGACUGGUGUUAUGCUGAAACCAUUCCUGCCACAACUGCAGACAACCUUUGUGAAAGCCGUGCACGACCCUCACCGAGGCGUAAGGUUGAGAGCCGGCGCAGCUUUGGCUCAUCUCAUCACAAUUCACACUAAACCAGAUCCACUUUUUACUGAACUUCAUAAUGCUGUGAAGGUUGCAGAUGAUACAUCCAUCAGGGACACAAUGAUCCAAGCCUUGAGAUGUGUAGUAGAACCAGCUGGAAAUAAGAUGAGUGACAGUGUUCGACGCGGUUUGGUUACGACACUUGUGGGUCUUCUCACACACGAUGAUGAUUCUACCCGCCUCUGUGCCGCCGGAGCCUUGGGAGUGCUAUUGCCAUGGUUACCUGCAGAUGAGUUGCGCUCAGUUCUCACUCAACAUGUUUUAGAGGAUAAUUCUAAUUCAGAUUGGACUCUUCGCCACGGAAGAUCGGCAGCAUUGUUCUCGGCUUUGAAAUCUGCACCUUCCAAGGUUCUAGAGGUGGCUACACCAGAUCAGAUAUCUUCAACACUUCUGUCUUACCUGUCCUCUGAUCGUUUGGCCUUGGUGGAGAAUGCCAUGUCUGGUGUUUCUUUCUUCAUUAGUUAUCAACUUCUCAAUGGUGGUUCUGUGCCUAUACCUCUUAUUCAAACCUUUGCUAAGCUUAUCAACCACAGUAGUAAUGAAGUGAAACAAAGCAUGUGCCGAGCUUGUCAGUAUGCUGCAGAGUCAUUAGCAAUUUCAAAUGGCUCACUUUUGCCCAUUGAAAUAGCUCGCCCUCUUAUACCGAUGUUGGUGAAUGGAACUAAGGAAAAGAAUCAAGUGGUGCGGUCAAAUGCAGAAAUGGCUCUGAUUGCGUUGCUUCAGCUAAAGGAAGGGGACCAAGGAAUGCAGGUAAUGGUGGCUGCAUUGGAAGGUGGUGGGAGAGAUUCUCUUAAUGAAGUUAUCAACAAAUCUCUGCGCCGCUCAACAUACAUACCUGUGACGCCUGCUGAAAUUGACUUGACUCUUCUCACCUGAUUCGUCAGUUUUGUAAUAAAAGAGAAGCUUCUGCUAGUGAUUAUUACAUGUUCAUUGAAGAAAAACACUUGUAAUUAGAAGAGGCAUUCAUGCUCGUCAACUCUGAAUGCACUUAUUCUUAUUGGUGCUCUCAACAUUGGUUUUGGAUUUGUGUGUUCCACACCACACUUGUUCCCUUCGUCCAUUUUCAGUGUUACUUUCUAAAAGGGUGUAACCCAGUUAUAUAAAUAAAUACAUUAAUUUAUCACUAGGCAUUUGAUUAUUUUAUAUUUGUCACAAUUUUUUGUGAUCAUCAGUUCUGUUGUGUUUUGACCAACUUUCUAAAUUAGGAUUUUUUAUUCUAUUUACAUACGUUUAUUAAUAUUGAAAAAGAAUAUUUUCGUUACCUUUGAAGGACACUACCGGAAAUGUGAUCUGGUAUAAAUUUUUUGUGUGCAUGCACAUAAAGUAUGAUGACAACUGUAGUUGCAGCCAUAUUAUGCUGUCCACUCUAGUAAUAUGUUCAUUCUGCCCUCAUUUCGGUCAUUAUGGUGUUGACAUCCCACAUGCAUUGCCUUGAUUUGUUACCCCUUCUUUAUUUGUCUGUGUAUGUGGGUAUGUAUUUCCCAGGAGUAUUUAUAAACCGGUUCUAUUACUAUUCAAUUCAUGUUUGCACACACAUUACAAUUUUGAGAAUGCAUACAUCAACCAUCAAAUAAUAAUAAUUAAAAUAUUGUUUAAAGUAUUACGAUAUAUUGCCAGAGUAAUUUUUGUACUACAUGAUAGUCCUUAUACUUGCCAUUAGUGUUUAUUUUGCUGUGACAACACUGAACAUAAUAAUUAAUGAAGGCAUCACUCGAGAUAAACACCUGUUCACUCAUCUUUAGUAUUGUGAGGGCUACUUAAACCAAAAUAAUGUUUAUUGUUUGUGUGUACUUGCACACAUUCUCAUAUGCACACACCAACACAUUCUAUUCUAACCUAUACUUCUGUAAUUAAAUCUUUCACAUUUAUAAUAUCUAUUACAGUACUUAUGUUAGGGGGUAAAAUAACUUUGCAAGAAACUGAUGCAAAAUCACUGCCUGUUAACCAAACUGGGCCUUGCUUACUAGCCCAAAUAGUGCAGUUCUGGCUUGUAUGUUAUGUAACCUUGUACGCAUAAUGCACAUAAUAGCCAAACCUCCAAACUAUUAGCCCCUCCAAGGGGCUAAUAAGCAACGACGAGCCUAACAUAAAAAAUUUGCUCUACCUAUUUUUAAAUACUGUUAAGGUGUCUCUUAUUUUAUUUGCUUAGUACUGUACAUUGAAAAAAUUAUUUAUUAACUUUGCAUAGCUUUGCUAUGUUAGGUAGUCAAGAUUGAUUGGUAUAGAUAGGUUUGAUCAAGUUAACAAUUUUGUUUUACUUCUUAUAGGAUAUUUGCAUCUUUCACUAAAUUGUAAUAUUAUUUACAAAAUCUUUUGAUAACUUGAAAAAGUUUUGAGUUAGCCAACUGGCAUUGAGAUGUGUGUGUAAAGUGCAUGCAUGCCUGCUCACUUCUUCAUUUGUUCACACAGUUUUUAUUCGACAUACAUAUUUAUUCACAUUGAUAAAUAGUUUUUUUUCCACAGCAAAUGACAUGUUCAAGGGAAAACAAUUAUCACGAUGGCAGUAUUGAAAGUAAUUUUUUUCUCUGGGAAACACUUUUGUUUCUUUUUGUUUUCCUAAAUAUAUGUAAGGGCUUUUAUUUAAACUGCCAAAUUUCAACAUAUUUUUGCUUAUACCACAUUGUAAUAUUUUAGGUAUAAUACAAUCAAAUAGCAAGGAUCUCUUACUAGCAAGGUGAAGAUAAAAAAAACAUUUCCUUUUUUUAUAACAAGACAAAAGAGGUUUCUUAGAUAAAUAAAAUUAUCUAUUUA